AUGCCACCUCCUACGCAAUUUUUUCUGCGUCUGUUCCUUCAAAAAGUUGGCGGAUUUGUGCGUCCACAAACUCAUUGCUUGCAGCUAGCAGCAGUGGCGGCUACUCUUCUGAUCUGCUUAAGAGCUAUGAGAAAACCUGACACAAUGACGACAUCUAGAGGAAAAGAAGGAAAAGAAAAUAAAGAGGGAAAAAGAGAAAUACAAUUAUUCAGAGUAAAACAAAUACUGUGA